CGCGCCGAUCUUCUGAACUUGCGGAAUUCCGAUCUCCGAUGAAUCUCGAAUUAAAUGAGCGCUUAAGUCGCGAUUUUAUAUAAUUUGUGCCGUAUUUGUGGAUUAUUCCUUGGAUCGAUAUUUUAAAGGCAUCCACGUUCAGAAUCGUCAAAGUGGACGGCUAUAAGAGAAGGUGUUUUAAAAAAUAUCUUAGAAAGCAAUAUGAAUGACGUCAGAGCUGAUGACGGUCGUCAUAUUUGUAGAACAUCCCAUCCAACCAAUAACCAAUGUUUACAUAACCACGAUUCCUGUAUCGAAGACUGCAAUCUUAUCGUAACUAGAAGAUCGGGCGAGAAGACAGUCACUAAACAUGAUCGACAUAAAGAUUUUUGGAAAAAGUAUUUAUGAUCCCAACAGGGAGAUGGAAGAUGCUGCGGUAUGUAUAGGACCGGGAUGCAUUCAUUGUUUAAACUGUCUUUUCCGCCCAAUUAUGAAGUUGGCUAAAUGGUUUGGAGUUAGUGGUGCAAUUCAUGAAAUAGAUAGCAAACCUGGAACCAGAUAUAACGAAAAAUUCGAGAGAAUCUACGAAAGGACAGUUAUGGUAAUUCUAUGGAUCGCUUUUAUCGAAUGGUUUUACAGAAUGAUGAAUCUUCCACCCGAAUUGAGUGGCGAAGAGAGUUGGCUUCAAUCUUACACUAUCGUAUCUCAAUCGUAUCUGCAUGCAGCUCUCUCAACAACGGUCUUCAAUCUCGUUGGUCCCAGAGUAAAAUUACUAACGCCAUAUCGGGCGUUUUGGGACAUAACCAGGCUCAGUAAAUUUGGUGUCGAAAAUCCGCAGAGAACCGAAAAGAAGAUCGCCCGUUACGAAAAAAUCACUUGCUACUUCGUUUUUCCUUUUGUCAUUGUGGGAGUUAUGAUUACAGAAAGCUAUAUAUAUUAUAUGCGUACUCUAAGAUUCUAUCCCGACAGUAUUUGGCAUAUCUUUCUCUGCGUGUUAAUGAUAAUCGCUCUCUACUUCGCUUACACUUCUUGGCUGUCUUCUGCCAUUUUUUUUAUCGUAAUUUGCAAAGGUCUAUCCAGAAGAUACGAAGAAAUUACUAAUCAGUUGCAUUAUCUCUACGAAUUACAACGAGCUAACAAACCGGCAGAUAGCACGUUUGAACCCAUGCAAGUGAAGCAUUUCAUAGGUUGUAGAAUGGUCAAAGUUAUCAAUAAGUUUUGCCAGUGGUACAUCUUUACCACGUAUCUGAUCCUUAUUCCUGGCUCCUGCAUCUCUCUUUACCAAUUUACCUCGCCCGAACAAUCGACUGAUUCUCGAGUACUCUUAGGUAUCCACACUGUUCUCUUGGUAAUGACACUUUUGUUAACUUCUUUGAAUGCUGCUGGCGUAUCUUCUGCAGCUCACCGUCCCUAUGAGAUUUUGCAUGGAUUAUCUCUACCCGAACUUCCUUUGCAUGAAAGAGUCAAGAUUACAUUAUUCUUGGAAAGACUGAAUGGCCCAACUAUAGGAGUAACAUGUCUGGAUUUCUUCGUUAUAACUAAAGGAGUCGUAUUGAGCGUAUUUAGUGCUAUUGUUACAUACUUCUUGAUUUUCUUGCAAUUCAGAAGCACAACUUAAAUUUGAUGUUACAAAAGAAACUGAAGAUUCAGUAAGUGAAAGAUAGCACCGAUUAAAUAUUUAUAGAUUAUAAUAUUGUUUU